CAUGGCGUUUCAAAUUCAGAGUAGUGCGUUACCUUUUAGUUAGGAUGUCUCAGAUGCAUGCAGUUGCUGAUGAUUUUGAUGCGUCUGAAUUAAAAUUCUCUAAAGAUUUUGAGAAUGCUGACACACUUAUGCUUGCUGAAGUUAAAAUAUUGUUGGAACAUAGAAAAGAACAAAAUGAAAAUGCAACAAUUCAUGAGCUGGAAUUAUCACCAGUAUUCACUAAAACAUUGAAUUAUGUAACACAAUUUUCAAAAUUCAAUAAUCGUGAAACUAUUGAAAGUGUACGAAAUCUUUUAACACAAAAACGAUUUCAUAAUUUUGAAUUAGCCUCGUUGGCUAAUUUAUUGCCGGAUACAGCAGAAGAAAGUAAAGCUCUAAUACCAAGUUUGGAUAGUCCACGUUUUACUGAAGAAGAGUUACAACAACUAUUAGAUGAAAUACAAUCAAAGCGAAGUUUUCAAUCUUAACUAUAAUAUAAGGCAGCAUAUAUAUGAAUGUUAUUCUUUUUUGUAUCUUAUUUGUAUCUUAUGUGUAUACUUACUAUUUUGUACAAAGUAAAAACCAAAUUCUCAUUCUAAAUAA